AUGAAGUAUGAGAACGAACAUACAAUUCAGGGAAGCGCUGUACUGAUAAUCAGAAGGAGAAUCACAAAUCCUGGAAGAACCGAGAUACGGCGGUGCCGAAACUCUGGAAUUGAAGCCAUGGCUCGAAAUUCACAUGAUGGUGCUGAUUUACCAUUCUUCGAUGUCGUCGUGCAGGAGCGGACGACCGGAGUCGUCAAUUCUCUAGCCACGGAAGUAGGGGCUUGGUCGCUGUCGAUGGAUGAGCUCAAUGAGAUCAUUGAGCAUCCUCUGGAAAUGAAUCAAUCUGUGGCGAAGAUCGUCCUUGAAUGUAAAAAGGAUAUGUGGAGCAACAUGGAGAUGUUUCACCUUUCGAAUGCAUUCUUCGACAACAGUAUCAAAACCUCAGAGUUCUGCAYGGUGUCGGAGAACUGUCCACAACGAACUCGGAACAGCCAGUUGAUCAUUAAGCUUGCCGUGAAGCAGUUUGAGGAAGAUCAAAAGGGAGGUGAUGAGAAAUGUGUUAGAACAUUUGAAGAGUUGAAGAAGUUUGAGGAGGCAGGGAAUCCAUUUACUCCAGAGUUUGUUCAGCUGGCUCAAUCCUUAUACGAGCAGCAUUGUUCCACAUUUAACAAGUUGCAAAUUGAAAAGAGGAAGCUUGACAAAAAAUCCAACACCAUGAAGGCUUGGAAGAAAGCGUCGAAUCUCAUUUUCGUUACGGCGUUUGUAUCGGUGGUGAUCUUCUCCAUCGUAGCAGCUGUGAAGUCUGCACCUCCUCUGGUCAUCGCGUUAGCUGCUGCACAGGCGAUCCCGCUCGGCCCGGUCGCGAAAUGGUGUAACACGAUUUGGAAUCGCCAUUUGAAAAGAAUUGAAAAGGAGAAGCAACUCAUCAUCUCAAUGCAACGGCCUACUUUCACGGUUACGAAGGAGUUGGAGGAGAUUCGAGUACUUGUUCCGAUUUUGUCGAAUCGCUUCGGUUUGCUUGCCAAUCUCUGCAUUAUGGAACAGGGAGCUAUGCAGCUUGUAGUGAAUGAGAUCAAGAAAAACCUUCAAGGUUUUGAUGAAACCAUUGAGAAAUUGAGUGUACAUGCUGGUGAAUGCAGCAAAAAAGUAACAAAUCAGACAACAACUGCUCUUCUGCAGAAAAUAAUAAGGCAUCCAGCAGCUGAUUAA